UAACACCAUUAUUAAUGUGGUUAAUUUUUCACUAUAAAAGCAGUUGGGUGCAAGAAUUUUUCAUAACUUUCACUAGCUUCGGAUAUCGAAUACAGCGAAGAACAGAACAAGCAAGGAAUAACAAUGCUGACUAAGAUCAUCAUAGCUUUUGCUUUCAUCGCAGUUGCUGUUGCCAGCCAUCAUGAAGAGCAUCAUGAGCACCAUCAUCCUCAACCUUACAAGUUUGGUUAUGAAGUGAAAGGUAAGGAAGGAUCCCACCACAGGCACGAGGAAGGUGAUGGACACGGAACUGUCAGAGGCAGCUACGGAUAUGUUGACCACCAUGGAAUCCACCGUGAAGUCCACUAUGUAGCUGAUAAGGGAGGUUUCAGAGCUGAAAUCAAGACCAAUGAACCAGGAACAGCCAACCAAGAUCCCGCACAUGUCAAAAUCCAUUCUCAUGCAGCUCAUCAUCACCACCAUGAGCCUCAUCAUCAUGGGCACUGGCAAUAACAUGCUUAAAAUGGAGAAAAAAUUAUUAAAAUCUUUUUCAAAGAUUGCUGGGAUCCUAGCUUAACCAAAAGCUGCUUUUGUUUUUCGUGCUGUACAGUAUAUAUCUAUAACGCAUAAACCUCCUAUUAAUUAUUUAAGAUUAUACUUGAUAAUACUAAAUAAGUAAUUAGAAAUAUUUUUGUAUGAAUUAAUUUCAUAAU